AUGCCAUCAUCAAUUUCAUCAUCAAGUCAAUCAAUGACACCGAAAACUAAAUUAACCAAUCUUGAACGCAAAGAACAACACGAUCAACAAUACGAUGAACAUGAACAAGAAAUAAGUUCUACUUCUUCUACAUUUGGAUUAUAUGAUGAAUCUGAUGCUGAUAAAGCAUAUUUAGCUAAAUCCAAAUUAAUAGCUGAAGCAAUUCAAUCAAUAGGAUUUGGGAAAUAUCAAAUUGGAUUAUUUUUCGUUGCAGGAUUUGGUUGGUUAAGUGAUAAUGCUUGGCCAGUAGCUACAAGUUUAAUUUUACCUCGAUUAAAUGAAAUUAAUGGAGUUCAUCCACCAUCAUUGAAAACAGGACCAUAUUUAAUAUUAGCACAAAAUUUAGGUUUAUUAGUUGGAGCAGCAUUUUGGUCAAUAUCUUCUGAUAUAAUUGGUCGGAAAUGGGCGUUUAAUUUAACAUUUUUAAUUACCGGUAUAUGGGCAAUUAUUGCUGGUUCAAGUCCAAAUUUUAUUGCUCUUUGUUGUUUUGAAGCAUUUUGGAGUUUUGGAGUAGGAGGAAAUUUACCAGUAGAUUCAGCAAUUUUUUUAGAAGCAUUACCAAGUUCAUAUCAAUGGUUAUUAACGGUUAUGUCAGCAUGGUGGGCAAUUGGACAAAUUAUUGUUAAUCUUAUUUCUUGGGGGUUGAUUGCAAAUUUUUCAUGCCCUACAAAUACUAGUACUAGUACUAGUACUACUACUUCUGAAGUAUGUUAUAAAUCAGAUAAUAAAGGUUGGAGGUAUUUUUUAUUUACAAUGGGAGGAUUAACAUUACUUAUGUUUUCAGCAAGAUUUGCCUUUAGAGUAUUUGAAUCACCUCGAUAUUAUCUUGCUCGUGGUGAUUUAAUUAAAACAAUAGAAACAUUAGAAAGAAUUGCUAGAAUUAAUGGGAAAAAAUGUCCUAUAACACUUCAAGAUUUACAAGAUAUUGAUGAACUAUAUGAAUCACAAUCACAAUCACAAUCACAAUCACAAUUAAAUGUCAAACAUAAUGGGAAUAGAUUAGUUAAAGAAAAAUUAUCAAAAUAUAAUUUAUCUCAUGUUAGACAAUGUUUUAAAUCGAAAAGAAUGACUUUAUCUAUAUUAUUAGUAGUUUUUUUAUGGGGGGUUAUAGGAUUAGCAUUCCCAUUAUAUAAUGCUUUUAUUCCUAGUUAUUUAGAAUCUCGAGGUGAUGCAAAUAAACCAUUAACUGUUCAUGAAACAUAUAGAAAUACAUUAAUCGUUUCAGUUUUAGGUAUUCCUGGUUCUUUAAUUGGUGGGAUAUUAGUUGAAUUAAAAAUAGGAAGGAAAGGUACAUUAUUUUUAUCAUUAAUAUUAACUGGAAUAUUUUUAUUUGGUUCAACUACUGCUAAAACUUCAAAUGCAAAUUUAGCUUGGAAUUGUAUGUUUUCAUUUAUGUCAACUAUUAUGUAUGGAGUUUUAUAUGCUUAUACACCAGAAAUUUUUUAUUCACAAAUAAGAGGUACUGCUAUUGGAUUGGCAGCAUCAUUUAAUCGUAUUAUGGGAGUAUUUGCUCCUAUAAUUGCCAUAUAUGCCGAUUUGACAACUUCGGCCCCAAUAUUUGUUUCAGGAGCAUUAUUUAUAUUUGCAGGAAUAUUGAGUUUAUGUUGUCCUUAUGAACCAAGAGGCAAACCAAGCUACUAG